UUGACAGCACAAAUAGAGACGUUCCCGAUGUGUGUGUAACCAUUUUUGAUUCAGGCAGUAUUUUACGUGAAAACAGCAACAAUUUAUACAUGUAAUGUUAAAGGCGGCGUGCCUUUUUAUUACCGAAAUCGCUAAUAGAUUGCUGAAUGUAAUUCACGUUUAAGGCAGUACUAGUAUGAUUCAGUUAUAAUGCCAACCCCGCUGCCUUUACGUAGUUCUAACCUACUCAGGUGACAGGAAUUAGGGUUUGAGGAGACCUGAAGUGCCCGGAUGCGGAAGUACAGAGGUUUCCUUUGCAUGACAGGGGAAGGCUUCAAGAAUGGCUUCGAAAUAUGAAACAGUACAAAUUGUAUCCCACCAAGCAUCAGGUCUUGUGCAGUGAUCAUUUUACUGCUGAUUCCUUCAAUAUAAGAUGGGGUAUUCAGUAUCUGAAACCUAACGCUAUCCCUACUUUAUUCUCUUUCACAGAAAAAAUCCAGGAUAUAGCUGAGUUGGAACUUACCAUAAAGGAAGGGACGCAAGAUGGUGUGAAGGUUGAUACAGACACUGUGCCAUCACAGGAUUUUUGUCCAAAUGUAACAAACAAUUUGAGUCAUGGUUUUGAUACAGAUGAAUAUGUUGACCCUGAUGACAAACAGGUUUAUCUGAAGAAUACAAUCGAUGGAAUUACAGUUUCACAAAAUAAGACAAAAGACUUGUAUGUUCCAAAUUCUGAAUAUGAAAUCCAGCCCCAUUUGAUAACACCCUCUAAAUUCCGUCAGACCUCUGUGGAAAAUAUGAUUGUUAGCUCUGUAGCUGACUUAAACAGCCAAAGUAAUCAGGUGUACUUUGAGCUUCAAACAGACCAGAAUUAUGUAGCAGAAAAUGUUGACACAUUUCAAGUAGACCAUUUCAGUGAUGUGCAAAAAGAGACAUUUCCUCUCAGUUUGGUUAAGCAAACUAAACAGAUGGAUGCAGAGAAAGAUUCUGUUAUUACUAUAAUUGUACCAGGUGGACAAGAUGGAAGUGCCAUUUCUGAUAAUCUUCAGUUUACCAGUUCAGAAAAGCUUGGCUUUGAAAAUGAUGCAAACAGCACUAAUGAAAUCUUAGAAUCUGAACAUUCAUAUUGCAGGCAAAUUACUGACCGACAUUAUCUCAGGCAAAAGAUUGCAAAAUUGCAGUCAAAAAUAGCAGUCCUAGAAGCACAAGAAAAUGCAACACUGUCCCGUCUCCGAUUACUGGAGUCAGUCAUUGCAAAACUAAAGCAAGAAAAUCUGCUAUCUGAUGAAAAACUUAAGAUUCUGGAAAACUGUGGGAGCAGUGUUGAUAUUGUCAUAGUAUAAUAAAUAUUUAUUUCUCUUGUGUCCCUAA